UUCGGCACGCAGAGGAAUACAUACCAUGAAGAUCGUAGCUGUUUUGUGCCUCGUCGCGACGGCGUCCGCCAGCCUGGAGCCUGCCGGAUAUCGUCCACCAGGUUCCGCUCCCUCGACGCGUUACCUGCCCGCAAGUAACUACCAGGCAACAUCGGCCCCUCAGCAACCGUCGGUCAGGUACCUGCCGGCCAGUCAGUCGGAGAACCUGGCUACCCUGGCUCGUUUCCCAGCACCAUCCAGUGCCUAUCUUCCUGCCAACAACUACGAAGCUCCUGCUCGAGCCUCCCCGUCGUCCUCCAGGUUCUCCAGCGGCCCGUCCGCGUCCUACGGAGUCCCCGCUUCAUCGCAGUACUCGGCGCCGGUUGCUGUUCCCGAAAAUCGUUACCUCCCGGCCACCAACGCUGUAAACGGAGGUGGCGACUCAGGAUACGCCUACGGAGAUGCCGAAAAUUCAGAACCCGCGAAGUACGAUUUCCAGUACGAGGUGAAGGACAACUACGACAACGACUUUGGACACCAAGAGAGCCGUGACGGCGACGACACCAAGGGCAUGUACUACGUCCUCCUUCCCGACGGACGCAAGCAGAUCGUCGAGUACACGGCCGACCAGGAAGGUUACAAGCCCAGGAUCUCGUACGAGGAGGCAAGGCAAGGAUACAACAACGGAUACAAUCAGAGAAACGGUCAAGCUGGGGGAUAUUCUCAAAGUGAUUCAGUCGGGCCUUAUUAGAAAUUGACAUCAUUAUUUUCUUGGAUAAUGUAAUUUUCCGU